AGGUGUCUAGCUCUUUGAUGGUGGUUCCCAAGUUCUUGAUUUGCUAGCUUUGUCUUGUGUCUUGGUGUGUGUAUAUAUACGAGAAAAUAACCAAAUCAAUUAAAGGCACACAAAAUUAAAGAAAAUGGCAUGCUUAUCAUCGUUGUGGCCGUCACCAGGAGCUAAACCAUUUUUCUUUUCACCACAAACCUGCCCUUUACUUAGGCAAAUGCAAACCCCCAUAAUUCUUCAAAGUUCCCCCAGCAUUUACACAACAAAAGUAGGACAAAAUCGAUUCUUUAAUUGCAAGGAGGAAAACUAUAAAAGGUUAUCAUCACCCAUUGUGUGCUUUCGCCCGGUUUCUGAUGACGGAGAAAACACACAACCACAAGCGGCAAAGAAUGAGCAGAAGAGGGUUGAGUUUUGGACGAGAAUGACGAAAUCUUUGGAAGUGGCGCCUGGUUCGCAGAUGGCGAAGGUGGUCUUGCUUCCGUUGCUACAUUGCCUUUGUUUGUUUGCCCCGUUUUGUUUCAGUUGGGAUGCUUUUGGCGUUGCGUUUGGGUUGUAUAUCAUCACCGGGCUGGGUAUUACUCUCUCUUAUCAUAGGAAUCUCACUCACAGAAGUUUCAAGCUUCCCAAAUGGCUCGAAUACUUUUUUGCCUAUUGUGGUGUUCAUGCUCUUCAGGGAGAUCCAAUUGGGUGGGUGAGUAACCACAGAUAUCACCAUCAGUAUGUGGAUACUAAAAAGGAUCUCCAUAGUCCCAUUGAAGGUUUUUGGCACAGUCACGUAGGUUGGUUAUAUGACACCAAAGCCGCUAUUGAAAGGAGUGAAAGACCGACAAAUGUAGGGGAUUUGGAGAAUCAAUUUUUUUACAACUUCAUUCGUAAUACCUACAUUAUUCACCCUAUUAUACUUACAACAUUGCUAUAUGCCAUAGGUGGAUUUCCGUAUGUAGUUUGGGGCAUGGGAGUAAGAAUUAUAUUUUAUUCUCACGUAAUAUAUUCAGUGAAUUCUGUGUGCCACUUAUGGGGAAAUCAAGCAUGGAAUAGUGGUGAUCAAUCUAGAAAUAAUUGGUUAGUGGCAUUGCUUUCAUUUGGAGAGGGUUGGCAUAACAAUCACCAUACCUUUGAGUAUUCAGCUCGACAUGGCCUAGAGUGGUGGCAACUUGACAUAACUUGGUAUAUUGUGAGGGCAUUACAAGCUGUUGGUUUAGCAACUGAUAUUAAGUUGCCUACUGAUGCUCAAAAGAAAAAGAUGGCUUUAACUACAACUUAAUGCUUUUGACUUGAAAGCACACAACCUGAAAUGUAAUAUGGGAUAUAUAUGAAAUGUGAGGAAUGCAAUAUUAUUGUUGUUUUGAUAUAAUUGUUAUGGAAACUUAAACUUGUGUAAAAACCUUUACUUGAAUUGUUUCUUGUCAUUA